AUGACUUUUUCAUCCACGAAAAGACUUCAGGAAGAGUUGAGCGAUACCGAGUUUAACGAUCAGGUCAUUAAACGUCAAGCCAUUCAUGGAGAAACAUUAGAGUCGUCAUCAGACGACGAAAUGUCAUUUGUGGAAGAAGAGGAGAUACAAAUGCCUGAGGAGCACUUCAAUAACGCAAAAUGGCAAAAUACUAUCUCAAAAGUUGUGGGGUCUGUAGUGUCGAUACAUUUCGCGCAAGUUGCACCGUUUGACUGUGAUCCAGCACUAGUCUCAGAAGCUACCGGGUUUGUGGUUGAUUCGGAGUUGGGUAUCAUUCUCACGAACAGACAUGUUGUUGGAGCGGGCCCUUUUGUAGGAUAUGCGGUUUUCGAUAACCACGAAGAAUGCGAUGUUUUACCAAUCUAUCGUGACCCAGUUCAUGACUUCGGGUUCCUGAAGUUCGACCCUAAGAAAAUCAAGUACAUGAACAUCCAAGCGCUGGAACUAAAACCGUCGCUGGCAAAAGUUGGUUCAGAAAUCAGAGUGAUUGGUAACGAUGCUGGUGAGAAACUAAGUAUCCUGGCUGGUUUCAUUAGCAGAAUUGAUAGAAAUGCUCCAGAUUAUGGAGAGCUCACUUACAAUGACUUCAAUACCGAAUACAUCCAGGCAGCCGCCUCCGCAUCUGGGGGGUCCUCUGGAUCGCCUGUAGUUAAUAUUGAUGGCCAUGCCGUGGCGCUACAGGCUGGUGGCUCAACCGAGGCCUCCACUGACUUCUUUUUACCAGUUAACAGAAUUCUAAGAGCCCUCAAUUGCAUAAGAGAAGAUAAGCCAGUCACUAGAGGAACGAUUCAAACUCAGUGGAUCUUAAGGCCGUAUGACGAAUGUAGAAGAUUAGGACUCACUUCUGAUCGCGAACUCGAAGCUCGCAAUCAGUUUCCAGAAAGGAUCGGUCUACUAGUGGCGGAAACUGUUCUAAGGGAAGGUCCCAGUGACACCAAGAUCAAAGAAGGUGAUACUCUUAUUUCUAUCAAUGGCGAACUGAUUGCUUCUUUCAUGCAGGUCGACGAUAUUUUUGAUAAAAGUGUCGGAGAAAAUGUUGAGCUUCUAAUCCAACGUGGUGGUAAAGACAUCACUGUCGAGUGUGAAGUUGGUGAUCUUCAUGCCAUAACACCAUCCUCUUACCUGGAGGUUUGUGGUGCAACAUUCAAUGAAUUAUCUUACCAAAUGGCUAGGUUUUAUGCUAUCCCGGUAAGAGGUGUGUUUUUAAGUAGCGCUACGGGAUCUUUCAAUUUCGACUCCAAGGAGAAAGUCGGCUGGAUUGUAGAUGCAAUUGACAACCAAGAAACUCCUAACUUGGAGACAUUUAUUGAAGUUAUGAAGACGGUGCCGGAUAAAAAGCGAGUGACUGUGAGAUACCAUCACUUGACUGAUCAACACUCACCCAAUGUUUCAAGCAUUUACAUCGAUCGUCAUUGGUGUAGUGAAUUUCGCAUCUAUCAAAGAAAUGACAAGACCGGUAUCUGGGAUUACAAAAAUGUUGCAGAGCCACUAAAACCGCUGCCGGAAGUUCCCCACGAAGCUAAAUUCAUUGACUUGUCAAUUGAGAACAAGCAGCUUGCAAAACUUUCAAGAAGUCUAGUGACGGUAACUACCAUCUCACCAAUUCCUCUGGACUCAAUGUCUGCAGAAUCUCGCAAAACUUCUGGUCUCGUUAUCGACGCUCAACAGGGUUACGUUAUAGUAUCACGCCGCGCUGUUCUUCAUGAUUGUCUGGAUGUGUUCGUGACUAUAGCUGAUUCGGUUAUAGUGCCCGCUGAAGUGAUAUUUCUGCACCCAACCCAAAAUUACGCCGUGGUCAAAUACGACCCAUCUCUUGUCAAAGCUCCGGUAGAGACUCCUCGCUUGUCUUUCGAAAGAAUGAAGCGCGGCGAUAGGGCUCAUUUCAUUGGAUACACACACAACAACAGACUUGUCUCUUCUGACACCAAAGUGACCGAUAUUUCUUCCUUGAGUAUACCAAGCAAUUUAAUUCCUAGAUACAGAGCCACGAAUCUUGAGGCCAUAGGGAUUGAUUGUAACGUGAGCUCAAGGUGCAACUCGGGGAUUAUAGCUGAUGAUGACGGAACCGUAAGAGCACUGUGGCUGCCAUUUCUGGGAGAAAUUCACGAUGGAAAGGAAAAGGUUUACUUACUGGGUUUGGACAUGACAGAUCUUAAAGCAGUCAUUGACUUGCUGCAGAUUGGGAAAAGGCCAAGAAUUAAUAUUGUUGACGCAGGCUUUGGUUCCAUUUCUAUUGCACAAGCUAGAAUCCGUGGUAUUCCUGAGGAGUGGAUUGCGCGGAUGGAACGUGAGUCGGAAAACAGACUGCAAUUUAUGCAAGUUACUAGAGUAUCAUUUUCAAAAGAAGAAGAGAAGCUUCUUCCUGGCGAUGUCAUUCUAUGCGUAGAAGGAAAAUUGGUCAAAGAGAUGCGAGAUCUCGAUGGAAUUGUUACUUCGGGCGAUGGACCAAACGAGGAGCAAAUUUUGAACUUCAAGGUCGUUCGGAAUGGUAAAAUAGUUGACAUAUCGGUGAAAACUGUCGAAGUCAAUGAGACUUCGCACUUUGCGGUUUUUGCGGGCUGUAUUUUGCAGGCGCCACAUCAUGCUGUGCUACAGGCAAUGUCUAGCAUUCCUAGUAGCGUCUACUGUACGUUCCGAGGUCAAUCUUCCCCUGCCACUCAGUACGGCAUCGCUGCGACUAAUUUUAUUACUCACAUCAACGAGAUUGAGACUCCGGAUCUCGAUACUUUCUUGGAGGUAGUAAAAAACAUUCCGGAUAACACAUAUUGUAAGAUUCGUUUGGUGACGUUCGACAACGUUCCCUUCGCCAUUUCGCUGAAAACUAACUAUCAUUACUUUCCAACUGCUCAGCUCAAGAAGGACUCUGCGACUGGUAAAUGGAUCGAAGACGAGCUGAACAAAACUGAGGAAAAAACCGAUUAA